GCUCGUCGUAGACAGUUGCGGUGUUGUGUGAGGUUUCCAUUUUUCAGUGUUAAGUUUUACGCGGUGCGGAACUGAUGCUUUAUAUGAAAUUAGUGGAGAGAUGACGAUAUGGGGCACAUUCCAACAGUCAACAACCUAAUUUUGAACAAGCAGGUGUUGGGUUAGCAUAGAGAUUAAAGCGAAACAUAUUUCGUGGUACCGACCCUGCAUCUCAACAGAUUGUAAUGGUAAAUUUGAGAAUUAUCACCUAUUCUCGAUACACUUAUACGACAUGCAGAUCAACUGCGAGCUAAAAAGGGGCUCUAAGAGAGAGCCGUUGAUAUGCUGUUACGAUGGCAGGAAAGCCUGACUUAGCAGCUACCUCUGGAGUACAAAAUGUAGUGGUGUACGUAUCAAAUGACAAUUUUGCCCAGGCCUACACUGUCGGUCAGCAAAAUGUACCAUCAAAUGCCCAUCUACUGCAUAACCCUGGUUAUGGAAAUGCUCCACCAUCUAUGUCCCCUGUGGUGUCCGCAACAAAAACCUUUCCAGAGAAACAGUCUAUCAAACCAGAGUAUUCGUCCAAUGACAGUAGUUCUGUGCCGUCACAGGGUUACUUCACAAAUGUUAUUUCACAAAAUAGUUUUCCGCAGCCUCUAGUGAAUGAUAUCAGCUAUCAAAACGGUGCUGUAAUCAAGAACUAUGGGAACGGUGAGGUGUUAUCGGUGGAGCGCCAGGCGGGCCCUGGACGCACCGAAGCCAAAGUGCGUGAAGAGUGUGAUAAUCGUGAUAUGUACGUGGAACCGGGUUACAUGACAGUUAUGGGGGCUGAGAUGCCCUCUCAGAGUGUCCGUUGUGAUUCAGUGCGAUCCGAAGCUGCAGAAUCGAGCUGCAGCAGCUUGAGCUCUGCGGACGAGAGCUUGCUUGUGGUACAAAACCAGCAGUCUGAGAUGGUGGUUUACGAUGGGAAUGUAAACGUUCGUCCUGCUGGUGUUGUAUUGGCAGUGGGACCGCCCCCACUGCAGCAACAAGCUCAGAACAAUACGUCUACGGUCGGGACUCUAAAUUCGGUACAGAAACCUUAUGUGACAGUUCCUCAUGGGUGGAAAAGGCUGAAUAAUGGGUCUGUCGUAUAUAUCAGCCCGAGUAACACGGCGUUAAGUUCCCCGGAAGAAGUAAAGGAAUAUUUGCUUACGGCUGGAACUUGUAAGUGCGGUUUGGAGUGUCCCUUCAAAUACGACAACGUGUUCAAUUUCGACCCUAAGGUAAGUGGCCAGAAAUGUUGGAAGUUGUGA